UAGUCUGGUGAGAAAUUUCUUGAAGUGGAAGCCAAGCCAAACAUGCCUCCAUUAUUGUCCAUUGAAACAAUUCCACCUUUCGCAAGCCCCAACGUCAUACGAGGUUGUAAAAACCGUAACACCCCCAUAAAAACAAACGACCCCUUAUCUUGUCUUAUAUACAACACCUCCCUUAAACCCUCGUCGACCAGAGGCCGCCGCAUACUCCAUUUUCUCUCUCUCUCUCUAACAUGCCUACUUUCACGACCAUUGCUUGGGAGACCUUGUUCGAGACCAGACCUCGAGCUUCGUACCAAAAUCUCCUCAAUUCGAAUCAACAACAACAACAACAACAAUUCCCCAAAUCUUAUGCUGUUGAUGAUGAAAAUGAUGCGAAGAAGAAGAAGGAGAUGGAGAGAGUUCAGACUCCGAAUCAUAUAUUCAUAACACCGGCUCUCUAUGUAACUCCACAACCUACUCCCAUUCCCGAUUCUUCCUCCGAUCCUCAUUCUCCCUCUCCUUACGUCGUCAACCACAAACGCCGCCGCGGAGAUGCCCUCACUCGUCCUUUUAGUGGAUUUCAUGAGACUCCGCCGCCGCAGGAGUCUCGUGAUUCGGAUUCGGACUGUGAAGAAGUGACGGAUGAUGUCUUUUUGGGCGCGGAGAUUGACAGAAAUGGAGGUUCUGUGGCUGAUGAUGGUGAUGGUGAUGAUGAUGAUGAUUUUUUUAGUCAUUGCUGUGACUCGGUGAGUGUAGCUAGCUCGAAUGGUGUGACUGAUUUUGGGAAGCGAGCUGAGAGUCGGAGUUAUGUGUCUAACCAGGGCGAAUUCUUUGAUGCCGAUGAAGUUUUGUCCUCUGAUGGAUCUGUUUCAAAUUCAUCUUCUUAUGGACCAAGAAUUGAAUCAGAGCUGCGUGCCACAAGGCUCAGUCUUCUUGAGGAGAUUGAGAGACGAAAGACUGCAGAGUAUGCUGUUGCUAAAAUGUACAGCCAAUGGCAGAGGCUAGGCAAUCUUCUAUCCCAAACAGGGCUAACAUGUCCUACAUCACCAAAUGCUACUAGCAUGCAGUUUGAGAUUGAUUCAUUAGAGCAGUUCUGCCAGGAACUUGUUGUUUCUAGAUUUGUUGCCGAAUCAAUAGGAAGGGGUGAAGCACGUGCUGAAGCUGAAAUAGCUGCAGAGGCAAUCUAUGAAUUGAAAGACCAGGAAAUCUCCCGAUUGCGAGACAGACUGCAAUACUAUGAAGCUGCUAAUCAUGAAAUGUCCCAGAGGAACCAGGAAGUUAUGGAGGUUGCGCGGAGGCAACGACAAAGGAGGAAAAGUCACCAGCGGUGGUGGAUAUGGGGUUGUAUAGGAAUGUCAGUGACAAUUGGGGCUUCUGUGAUUGCUUACUCAUACCUUCCACAGAUGGGUAAGCCUCAUAUGUUGCCAAGUUCAAGUGACUCUUCUGAUGCUUCUUGCAUUACUUCAACAGGAUCAGCUAAUUCGUAGUAAUCUACUGAAAAUUUAUUUGGCUCAACUUCCAAACAGUGCUUUUUUUGGGGACCUCUUUAUGGAUAUAGGAUAUUAUUGCAGGGCUUGUAGGUUGAAUCUUGAAGCAAUGACCCGACUGCUUCUCGCACAAUUUUGUAUCAUCUUGUUACUGAAUUUUGAUGUUUUUUUCAAAGUUUUCGAGAUGGAGAUGCCUCGGUUUCAUCUGUGUAACAUUUUGGCCUUGUUUAGAGUAGGAUUAUAUAAUUGCUUAAAACAUUUCUUAUGUUUUUAUUUUAUUAUAUAUAUUUUGAAAAUC